AUGAACGGUCUUAUACCCUGGAUCUUGGUGCUCCUAUGCCUCUCAUCAACAUGUCGAGCAGAUAUCGCAACACUCUUUACAUCCCAGAAUCAAUCAACCACCAUUGGAUUUAAUAUCUCCGUGACAUUGCUACCACAACCGGCAAUGAUCUACUCAGCCAAUAUUGCUCAAAACUACUUUGCUGUCGUGUAUCCAUCGUCUACUUCCCUUGGUGUCGUGCUACGGGGAUAUAGUGCUGCAUUGUCAAUAUCUGCACGCAAGGUUCGAGUUGAGAGAGAUGGGUGUACGAGUCCAGUGUGUUCUGCUCAUGGGUUGUGUAAUGAUAAUCUAAAUUGCCAAUGUGAUGAUGGAUGGACUGGUCCAAGCUGUGAUCGUUGUGAUGCAGGAUUUUAUGGUGCUAAUUGUACAGGUGUCUGCAAUUGCCCAAGUGGUGCAGGCUGCAACAAUGGAAUGUAUGGAGACGGAACGUGCAAAUGUAAAGGUGGUUUCCUGGAUUUCCCAUACUGUACCCAAUGUCCAGUUCAAGGAUUCUGGGGUCCGGAUUGCACGCCGUGCAAUUGCUCACACCAGUAUGGGUCCUGUGAUCCCAAUACGGGAAGUUGUAAAUGUGCUGCUGGAUACGAUGUGAAUGCUACACCCAGAUGCUCUAAAUGUCAGCCAGGAUUCUAUCAGACUUAUAAUCCAAAUGUGGGACUGAAUGAUUGUGUUCGAUGCUUUACCGGAUGUGCUCAGUGUACUGAUCCUGAUGCUACUUGCACGUUGUGCUCACCCGGUUUACACAUUGAUCCAACGGAUCAUCGCAAAUGUAUACCUGAUCGAACAUGUUCUGGAUUUGCAAAUUAUUGGAAUGGAUCAACCUGUCAACAUUGCCCUAAUGGAUGUUCUUGUGUGGACACAUUAAUGUGCAGUAGUUGUGACAUCCCGAACGUGUAUCCUGUUGUCAACGAAUGCGGGGAUGAUUUUCUGGACGAGUACAUGUCGUGUCAUACCGCAGACACUCUCCAGUAUGACAACUAUUGGGUAAACAUGGCCAAGGCAGCUUGUGAUUCAUGUAUGUCUGGAUGUGCAACGUGUGGAUUGCCACGGGGCUACGUAUAUCCACCUGAUUCAGCGUCCCAACGUGCUGCAACCAAGAGCAGUGUGCCAAUGGUUGUACUUACCAGAACGGGACUUGUAUGUCGUGCCAAUGCUUCCCUGAUUGUGCCACAUGUACUGGACCCAGUUACGAACAAUGCACUUCUUGUACUGCACCGUGGCAAGUGGUUGGACCCAAUGGAGCCUGUGUGGAUUCGUGUCCUGAUGGACAGUAUAAGACGACAAACAAGACGUGUAAUGAGCUCCGUGACGCCAGCGACACCAGCACCAGCAUGGAUAGUCCCCCUCACCAUUGUCGGCUACACUACACUCGGAGCAGGAAUCUUGGGAGCCUGCGCAUUUGGUUUCACCCGUUUCUACUUCCGAGCCAAGAGAGCAGAAGCAGGACAACGUCAAUGGUUUAGUGCUUACAUGAACGCAUUCAAAGGUGGAGCUGCUGCCGCAGCACCAAGACGUACAUCAGUCCGUCGCAAAUCGUCUCUUGGCAAAGGAGCCAAGAUGGUUGUUGAUGUUUACGAAGAGAUCCAAGAGGAUAUCAACCAAACUGCUGUUUGUUCACCGAAUGUACCUGCGGGUGUGGUUGUUGGCAAUGGCUAUCCAAUGCAGAAUAUUGCUCGUGGUGGUCGAGCUAUGCCUCUCAGACCUACAAUACCUGAUAUUCCCUUCCCAGCACCACGACCGGUACACCUUGUUGAGGAGGAGUGGAAACGCGAUCCGACGAAUCCCUUUGCUCCAAUGAACCAGCAACUGACUAAUUAUCCAUUUAUUUAA